AUGACAGUGGAAGAUUUUGGGACACCUCCUGCUAAAAGGUUACACCACGCAUCUUCUCCUGAUAGUUUUUUAAAUGCUGUUAUAGCACAGGCAACAGCAAAAGGUUCAUCGAUGCAGUUUUUGAAACAUUUUAGGAAAAAAAAAGUCCCUCUCGGAUUUGAGUAUGCAUUGCAUAUACUUGACUUUUUGUCCACUGGGAAACAAACGGCAAACGAUUUUUGCGAAUUUUCAAAAGCCAAACUUGAUAGAGAAGCAUGUAAAGAGGCUUGUGAGGCAACAAGAGACCAGUGCAACCAAAAAAAAUGGCACAAGUUGCGGUAUGGUAGAUUAACAGCGCCAAGAAAAUAUGAAGCAGCAACAUGCAAAACUGUUGAGGGUUCAUUAGUGGAAUCACUCACUGGAAGGCUGCAGAUAAGGGAAACAGAGGCAAAAAACAGGAUCAACCUAUCCCAGAGCUACAUGACGAUGACAUCCGAUUCCGGUUCCGGUUCCGAAAAUGAUGAAAAAGAAGCUACCGAAGCAAUGCACCUCAAUACCGAUCCCGAGAAUCCUGAGGAAGACGUAGAACAACGGCCAUUGAUACAAGUACAUCCACCAACAGCAUCUCCGCCACCAGACCAUAGUUCUAGUGAUUUUCGGACUAGCUGGAUCUAUCUGCUACGAAAAAACGAUCUGUUAUUGCAACUACAGAAAUUCAACCUGGACGAUUCUGGGAACGUUGAGCAGCUGCGACGCCGACUUGCCAGAUUCAUUAGAGAUGGCAAGGCAACACCCCAGCCAUCAGGAAAUGGCGCGUUUGUUUUUCCUCCUCCCUCCACAACUACACCGGUCCCAACUGCGUCAUUAAUUACCACUACAACAAUAACCUGGACGACUUCCGCAGCUUCAACCGCAACUCAAAGUGCAGGUUCUAGUGGAACUACAACAACUGCCGUCACAACCACGAAUGGACAUCCUAAAGACACAUGA